UUUAUGUAAAAAAAUAUCUUAGACGGCUGUGACUUCAAUGAGCUUUCCUGGUUCGUCAUCAUCAUCAACUCCGACUUGAGACGACGGCAAGCAAGCACUGAAUUACACCAUCAGCCCUCUCUCUUCUCAGCUUCUCCUUCAAUCCUGCAUGCCAAACUCUCAUCCUCUGAAAUCAGGUUUCGAAUUAGGGAUUUGAAAAAAGUUAUGGAUGGUAACAAAGACGAUGCGGCGAGGUGUCUGAGGAUCGCCGAGGAAGCCAUUGUUUCUGGUGAUAAGGAGCGAGCAUUAAGAUUCAUCAAGAUGGCGAAACGGCUUAAUCCAAGCCUCUCUACCGAUGAGCUCGCCACUGCUUGUGACAAUCUAGAUUCAGUUUCAGAGAAUCCGUCUCUUAGUGAAAACCACAGAGCUGAUAAGCCUGAGCCUAAGACGAACGAGGAGAAGAAGGUAUACACCGAGGAGAAUGUUGAACUGGUUAGGAAUAUCAAAAGGAACAACGAUUACUAUACGAUUCUAGGUUUAGAGAAGAGCUGUUCGGUUGAAGAGAUCAGGAAAGCUUAUAGGAAGCUGUCACUGAAAGUUCACCCCGAUAAGAACAAGGCUCCAGGCUCAGAGGAGGCCUUUAAGAAAGUUUCUAAAGCGUUUACGUGUUUGAGUGAUGGUAACUCGAGGAGCCAGUAUGAUCAGGUGGGGUUUGUUGAUGAGUUUGAUCAUAUCCAGAGGCAACAACAAAGUACUACUCGCAGUAGGCCGAGGAGAAGGAGGUAUAACAACAACACUACGCGGAAUGAUUUCUUUGAGGAUGAGUUUGAUCCUGACGAGAUAUUCAGGGCGUUUUUCGGUCAGCAGCGAGACGUGUUUGGUGCUGCUACACGUGCUUAUAGAACUAGACCAGCGCGUGCCCCCCAACCACGACGAGAGGAGGAGGUUAAUUUUGCUGGACCGACUUGUUUGACGAUGGUUCAGAUACUGCCGUUCUUGCUGCUUUUGUUGCUGGCUUAUCUACCUUUUUCUGAGCCUGACUAUUCUCUGCACAAGAGCCAGUCUUAUCAGGUGCCGAAGACGACAGAGAAUAUGGAGAUUAGCUUUUAUGUUAGAUCAUCGUCGGCGUUUGAUGUGAAGUAUCCGCUUGGUAGCUCUGCUCGUGCUAACCUUGACGCCAGCGUGAUCAAAGAGUACAGGAGCUUUCUUUUCCAGUCAUGUCGCAUUGAGCUCCAGAGAAGGCGGUGGAACAAGAAGUUGCCAACUCCUCACUGCAAUGAACUUCACGAUCGUGGAUUCGUUGAUAGGCAAAUACCGAUAUGAAAUCAGCUCAAAAUUUGUCCAAGAUUUUGCGAAGACUGCCAGAUUUGAAGUUCUUGGAGCUGCACGUGUAGACUGUAAUGUGUCAAUGUGUAGGGAUGGUAACUAUAAUCUUUUUUUCUUGCGUAUGGAUUUGGGGAUAACAAUUCGUAGGAGAAUAUUCAGAACAUCAAAGAAGAAAGUCCUCUUACAACAGAGGUACCACUUGCUAUACUCAUAUUAUGAUUAACUGACUCCAACAGUUCUGUCCAGAAUAUGCAGCAAAUAAUAGUUCUAUUAAUAUAUAUCAUGGUAGAAUUAUACAGUCA